AUGCUGGCACUGGGGCAGAUGGACGGCGCGCCCCGGCAGGGCGCCUUCCUGCUGGGCAGCCCGCCGCUGGCAGCCCUGCACAGCAUGGCUGAGAUGAAGGCGCCGCUGUACCCCGCGUACCCCCUGCCCGCCGGGCCCGCCUCCUCCUCCUCCGCCUCCGCCUCGCCCGCCUCUUCCUCGCCCUCGCCGCCGCUCGGUUCCCCCGGCCUCAAGGCGCCCGCCGCCUCCUCCGCCGCCCCCGGCGGGCUCUCGGCCCUGGGCUCGGCUCCGCCACAGCUUUCGGCCGCCACCCCGCACGGCAUCAACGACAUCCUCAGCCGGCCCUCCAUGCCCCUGCCGGGCGCCGCACUCGCCUCCGCCUCGCCCUCCGCCUCCUCAGCGGCGCCCGCCGGGCUGCUGGCCGGGCUGCCCCGCUUCGGCAGCCUCAGCCCCCCGCCGCCCCCGCCGCCUGCCCUCUACUUCAGCCCUGGCGCCGCCGCCGCUGCCGCCGCCGUGGCCGCCGGGCGCUACCCCAAGCCGCUGGCCGAGCUGCCCGGCAGGACGCCCAUCUUCUGGCCGGGUGUGAUGCAGAGCCCACCCUGGAGGGACGCGCGCCUCGCCUGCGCCCCCCAUCAAGGCUCAAUUUUGCUGGAUAAGGACGGAAAAAGAAAACAUACAAGACCCACUUUUUCUGGCCAGCAGAUUUUCGCCCUGGAAAAGACUUUCGAGCAGACGAAAUACCUGGCGGGCCCGGAGCGAGCCCGGCUGGCCUAUUCGCUGGGCAUGACGGAGAGCCAAGUCAAGGUCUGGUUCCAGAACCGACGGACCAAGUGGCGGAAGAAGCACGCGGCGGAGAUGGCGACGGCGAAGAAGAAGCAGGACUCGGAAACGGAGCGGCUGAAGGGCGCCUCGGAGAACGAGGAGGAGGACGACGACUACAACAAGCCCCUGGAUCCCAACUCUGACGACGAGAAGAUCACGCAGCUGCUGAAGAAACACAAGCCGGGCGGCGGCGGGCUGCUGCUGCACCCCCCCGAGGGGGAGGCCUCCGCCUAGCCCCCUCCUUCCGCCGCCGCUUUCGGAGAUGUACAGAUCUAUUUUUCUAGACUCUACGCGCCCGGGAGGAGGAGAAGCCGGAGGGAGAGCAGAGAGGACUGCGGCGGAGCGGGCCCCCAGCGCCGCGUGUUAUUGUAGGGUCGUGGGCGCAGGGGAAC